UGUUAGUUGUUAAUUGUUUGUGAAUGUUAAGUUUGUUGUCGUCGUUGUUAAUGAAGAAUAGUUUGUCUGAAAGUUAGCUGGUUAGCCUGUUAGCAUAGCUGCCUGUCAAAUAGUCACCGCACUUCGAUACAAAGUGAUUUUCUCCGCUAACCUUAAUGAACCUCGGUCUCUAAACCUACGUUAAUUAUCCUAACCUGCUACGAAAAACUUAAUUUCGGGUUUUUCAGGGGAAGUGCCGUGAAAAUGGUGAAAAUUGUUUCUCCAUAAGACAACAGACAGAUGGCGCAGUUUACAAACCAGUUUAACAGAUGCAUUUAGCAGUGUUUAUGUCAUGACAGUGUCAGCCAAUCAGAUCAUUUGUUGUUCAACGCUUACGUGCCGUUUUCAUAAUGGCUGCUGUGACAAAUUUUUAAGUAAUCGUUCAAAUCUUCUCAGUUUAAAUAGUUGGGAUAAUGGGAACAAUUCGCAUUUCCUAUUCCGAUUGAUACCUCGUACGUCCCUGGUGUCUUAAUAAACACCGGAAGCCUGUCUGACCGUAGUGCAGAUGGUCGGGUUGGAUCGGCUGGCUGUUCUCUAGGAUAAACUGUAUCACAUGACCUGUCAAAAACAUAGACAGGGUUUGUCCAAUAAACUAUAAUAUCUUUGGUCAAUGGAUCUGCGUUUUAACUCAUUCAGUCACAUGCAGAUUAGUGGACAAAGAAACAAGCGUUUCCUACAUAUUCAAUCUGGACUGCCCCGGUACGGCCAGUGAGCAGGCAGGGAAGACGUCAGCAUGUCAGGGUUGUCCCAACCAGAACCUCUGCUCCUCUGGAGCCACUAAAGCACCAGACCCAGCCAUAGAGGAGAUAGCAGAGAAGAUGUUAACAGUGAAACAUAAGAUCUUGGUCCUGUCAGGGAAAGGAGGUGUAGGGAAGAGCACCUUCAGCGCACAUCUGGCCCACGCACUGGCUAGUGACGCCACUAAAGAGGUUGCUCUCCUAGAUGUGGACAUCUGUGGUCCGUCUAUCCCCAGGAUCAUGGGUCUGGAGGGAGAGCAGGUCCAUCAAAGUGGUUCUGGCUGGUCUCCUGUGUAUGUAGAGGAUAACCUUGCGGUCAUGUCUAUUGGCUUCCUACUCAGCAGUCCUGAUGAUGCUGUUAUCUGGAGAGGACCCAAGAAGAACGGGAUGAUCAAACAGUUCCUGCGAGAUGUCGAUUGGGGGGAACUGGAUUACCUCAUCGUGGACACGCCCCCCGGCACCUCUGACGAACACCUGUCUAUCGUCCAGUACCUUAGCUCCGCCCGCAUCGACGGAGCCGUCAUCAUCACCACCCCGCAGGAGGUAUCUCUUCAGGAUGUCAGGAAGGAGAUUAGGUUCUGUCAGAAGGUCCAGCUGCCCAUCAUAGGAGUGGUGGAGAACAUGAGUGGGUUUGUCUGUCCCAAAUGCAAGAACACGUCUCAGAUCUUCCCACCCACCACGGGAGGAGCAGAGAGGAUGUGUGAAGAGAUGAACCUUACUCUGCUAGGACGAGUCCCACUGGACCCCAGGAUAGGUAAGAGUUGUGAUGAAGGGAAGUCAUUCCUGACUGAAGUCCCAGACUCCCCUGCUGCUGCUGCUUACCACUCGAUAGUACAGAGUAUCCAGGCCUACUGCUUGUCCCAUGUGCCACGGGAGGAGAGUGCUGGCUAGAAGCCAGUCUGGAGGCCGCCAUGUUGCUCUGGAUGCCAGGGACGGAACACAUGUCGAGGGUCCCUACUGUCUGAUGAAUGAAUAAAUCACAUGCUCUGGUUUAGGAGCUGAUGUAGGAUCAGGA